CCCCGAGCGUGCGCACGCCGCUCCGCCCCGCCCCCACCCCACGCCGCCUGUCCUGUUUGCGGCGGCGCGCAACAGGCCGAGCCUGGUUUGCAUUUCCUCACUUCUGUGUCUUGAAGACAACAAUGCCAAAGAAAGCAAAGCCUGCAGGGAAUGGGAAGGAAGAGGAGCCUGUUCCUUGUAAGCAGGUGAAGGUGGAGGCAGCUGGUGAGCCUUCUCCUUUGAACUUUGACAGCCCCAGUGUCCUCUUUGAAAGUUUAAUCUCACCCAUCAAGACAGAGACUUUUUUCAAGGAAUUUUGGGAGAAGAAGCCCCUUCUCAUCCAGAGAAAUGACGCUGUGUUGGCCACAUAUUACCGGUCCCUGUUCAGGCUCUCAGAUCUGAAGAGUCUGUGCAGCCGGGGUAUAUACUAUGGAAGAGACAUAAAUGUCUGCCGGUGUGUCAGUGGGAAGAAGAAAGUUUUAAAUAAAGGUGGCAAAGUGCACUUUCUUCAGCUGAGAAAAGAUUUUGAUCAGAAAAAGGCAACCAUUCAGUUUCACCAACCUCAGAGAUUUAAGGAUGAGCUCUGGAGGAUCCAAGAGAAGCUGGAAUGCUACUUUGGCUCCUUGGUUGGCUCGAAUGUGUACCUAACCCCUGCGGGAUCUCAGGGCCUGCCGCCCCACUAUGAUGAUGUGGAGGUUUUCAUCCUGCAGCUGGAAGGAGAGAAACACUGGCGCCUCUACCAGCCGACGGUGCCCCUGGCGCGGGAGUACAGUGUGGAGGCUGAGGACAGGAUCGGGAAGCCAGCAUACGAGUUCAUGCUGAAGCCAGGAGACUUGCUGUACUUUCCUAGAGGAACGAUUCAUCAGGCAGACACUCCUCCAGGGCUGGCCCACUCCACUCACCUGACCAUCAGCACCUAUCAGAGCAGUUCAUGGGGAGAUUUCCUUUUGGAUACCAUUUCAGGGCUUGUGUUCGAUACGGCAAAGGCAGAUGUGGAAUUCCGGGCCGGCAUACCCCGGCAGCUGCUCCUGCAGGUGGAAACCACAGAUGUUGCGACACGAUUAAGUGGCUUUCUGAGGAUGCUUGCAGACCGGCUGGAGGGCACCAAAGAACUGUUCUCAACAGACAUGAAGAAGGAUUUUGCUUUAAACAGACUCCCACCUUAUUAUGUGGGAGAUGGAGCAGAGCUUUCAACGCCAGAUGGAGAGUUACCGAGGUUGGACAGCACAGUGAGACUGCAGUUUAGAGAUUAUGUUGUCCUCACUGUAGGACCCGAUCAAGAUCCAUCAGAUGAAUCGCAAGAAAAGAUGGUGUACAUCUACCAUUCUUUAAAGAAUAGGAGAGAGACACACAUGAUGGGAAAUGAGGAGGAAACAGAGUCUCAUGGACUUCGCUUUCCUUUAUCGCAUCUGGAUGCACUGAAGCAAAUUUGGAAUAGUUCAGCUAUUUCUGUCAAGGACCUAAAACUUACUACAGAUGAGGAAAAGCAAAGCCUAGUAUUAUCCCUCUGGACAGAAUGUUUAAUCCAAGUAAUCUAGUGUCUUUCUUUUUUAAUGUGUUUAUAUAAAAUAGGCACUUGGUUCUACAAAGAUUUAUGUGCUAGGGAGCUCCUGUUGCUUUGAGCCAAGGCACAAGACAAAUGUAACUUUCCUUACCUGUGUAUCUAAUGAUAUGAGACCUACCUGUUACAGGUGUUCAGUUGGUAAUAUGUACUAACAAAGGUAUGUGGAAGAAAGAACAGCAAACUACUAAAUGUCCCAGGAAGUGACAAAACCAUACUUUUUGACAAGCUUAUUUAAUCCAGUGUGGUAGAAAAGGCACAGUUCUAAUAAAUGUAUCAUUUAAAUUUAAA